CUUCCUUGCCCACAUCGAGAUUUAGCAAUUUAACCAAACACGAGUGUGAGACAUGCAAAGUGUAUCACUCAAGCGGAUCCGAUGCCACUGAAAUAUAACUAGAGCACCACAAAGGGACGCAUCUUCACACGACAGGGCUUUUCCUCGAGAAAAAAAAACAUGUCGGGGGUUAAAAGGAAAAUAGAGGACGGCGAUCCUGACUAUGAAGAUGUUUCAUUAAUACAAAAUAGUAAGCGAAACAAAGCAGCAGAAUUAAGUGCCCGACAUGCAACAGUACAGAAGAUAGAAGCCAUCAUCACUGAGCAGUUCUCUUUGGAGAUAAAGAACAAAGAACAUGAGAUAGAUAUUAUCAGUCAGCGACUCAAUGAAGCCAGAAGGAUGAUGGACAAAUUGCGAGCAUGCAUUGUGGCCAAUUACUAUGCAAAUACUGGGCAGACAAAACUCCAGGAGCCCUCCAAGAGUGACCCUGCCGUGUUGAACCAUCCAGCUAUCCGCCGAUUUCUCGAGUCGCCGUCGCGUUCCUCCUCCCCUCUCAACCAGGGCUCGGAGACGCCUUCCCUAGCCCAGUCUGAGUCCGAGUCCCUGUCGCAACAUGGAGAUGGCACUGACAAAGAUGCUGAAGCGUCAUGGCGGGAGGAGAGCAGCAGUAGGCAGGAGCGAAGACCUGGACGCAACACUGGCAAGGACACAUUUGGUGUUCCUGUGGCCAUGGGAAGUGAUCAGAGGGUGACCUACCACACCACAGGAGACGAGGCAUCCCGACUCUAUGCAAAAAAGACAAUCGUUGUGGGCAAUGUGUCUAAGUACAUCCCUCCAGAUAAGCGUGAAGAGAACGACCAGUCAACUCAUAAGUGGAUGGUGUAUGUCAGAGGUUCCCGAAAGGAGCCCACUAUUGACCACUUUGUCAAGAAAGUCUGGUUCUUCCUGCACCCCAGCUACAAACCUAACGACCUGGUCGAAGUCAGUGAGCCUCCCUUUCAUUUAACUCGACGCGGGUGGGGUGAGUUUCCUGUAAGGAUCCAGAUUCAUUUCAAAGACCCUCGCAACAAACGUAUUGACAUCAUCCAUCAGCUGAAGCUUGACAGAACAUACACUGGGCUGCAAACACUGGGGGCUGAGACUGUGGUGGACGUAGAACUCCAUCGGAAUUCUCUUUGCGAGGAUUACGUCUUGCAGGCAUCCUCCUCCAAAGUGACCCAGAGAGCAAACAGCCCAAUGGCGGUCAUGUCAGCACCUCAGACAUGUGGACGCUCCAGUUCACCAAGCUUGUAUAAUUCCAAUUCAGAGAAAGGUUUAGUCAAAGCAGAGAGGUCUGUAGGAUGUCAUAGUGCAGGCCUCGCUGCAGGGGAACGCACACCGACGCGACCUAAAGCGAGUGACAGGAUCACUCUGGGUUCCCAUGGCAACUCUGCCUUCCAGCCCAUUACAGGAAGCUGCAAAAUUGUUCCUCAAGGGCAGCCACCAAGCCCUACUGAGUCUCCUGGGAAGUCGUUCCAACCUAUAACAAUGAGCUGCAAAAUUGUCUCAGGUUCUCCCAUCUCCACGCCAAGCCACUCACCGCUGCCUCGCACACCUACCACAUCCACGCCUGUCCACAGCAAACAGAGCUCAUCUACGGUGCUCAACAACCCUUAUGUCAUCGUCGACAAGCCGGGCCAAGUAACUGGCGUGGCGUCCUCGUCUGCCGCCUCCGCAGGAAGCCCCUCGGCCAAACAGUCAGCUGCUCAGGGAAGUCGCUCACCAGCCCCUAAGAUUCACACGGGUAGCUUCCUCUCAUCAGGAAUGAAAGUUAUCAUCAAGCAAGAACCAGGAGAAGUUUCAACACAGCAGCAGCAACAGAUUGCUUCUACAGUAACCACCCAACAGCAACCAGCUGCUACAGCAGCACAUCAACUUGUCCCAGUCAAAGGAGGUCACGUGAUUUCUAUGUCGGCCCAGAAACAGCCAGGCGGAGCUGCAGGGGCGACAAGUAGCAAGAUGUUAGGCAUUCCAGUUAGUUCGACGCUCCAGUCUGCAGUGAAACAAGUGGCCAUCAGCAGCGGGCAAAUUUUGGUCGCCAAGGGCAACCCCUCUGUCUCCAAGGUGGUGGGUGGGAAGCAGGUUUUGGCUCAGGGAGUGACAAAAGCCAUUGUCAGUGGAGCCAGUAGCAUCUCUGGUCAGCAGGCUGCAGCCAAGGCAAGCGGUGGUUUGAGUGGCAAGACUGGAGUGAUGGCUACACUUCAGCUCCCUGCAAACAACCUGGCUAAUCUGGCCAAUUUGCCUCCGGGCACCAAGCUCUACUUGACCACCAACAGCAAAAACCCCUCAGGAAAGGGCAAGCUGCUGCUCAUCCCACAGGGAGCCAUCCUCAGAGCCUCUAGUGCAGGUCAACAGUCUCAAAGCAGCUCGUCAGCGGGUGCUGGGGGCUCUCAGACAUCCUCUUCUUCAUCAUCUGGCAGUUUGCCUUCCAACCUGUCCUACACAUCCUACAUCCUUAAACAGACUCCACAGGGCACAUUUCUUGUGGGCCAGCCAUCACAGGGCUCGGGAAAACAGGGGAGCUCUGGUGUGGCAGCACAUGCCACGUCAUCUCCAGCGACUGCUCCACAGCAGGCCAUCAGAGUCACAGCGGGGCAGAAGGCGGCCAUUUUGGCUCAGGUGGGGGGCGGCUCCCAGAGUGCACAAAUGAAGUUGUCUGAUGGCUCUGUUAAGACGGUGACAGCGGCGGGCCACUUGUCUAAGCCGGGUAUGACCACAUUGAGGAUGACAGGCGGAGUCAUCACGGCUGCUAGCUCCACCUCCAGCUCUGUCAGCUCUGCAGCUGCCAUCCAGCAACAACAGGCUGUUGAUGGUGGAAAGUCUGCAUCCCAGCACCACUCUGUGCUCGUUGCAGCCAAUCAAGCGGCAGUGAUCAGUGCUGCAAAGAGUGCCAGCGCCGCCGGAGGAGCAAGCGGCGCCGCCGCCAUGUCAAAGACCGCUGUUGCCACCUUGGUCAAAGGUGCUGCUACCUCUUCAGCCAAAAGUGUUGUCGGUUCACCGGGUGCUGCGGUAACGGUCGCCAAAGGCCUCACCACCAUGCCUGUGGUCAGCAUGGCCAAGGGUGCAAGUGUGGGCUCUGUGGUCAGUGUCUCCAAAAGCAGUAGUACGUCGCUAGUCAGUGGCAUAGCAGCAGGAGGAAAGACCGGUGCAACUCUAUCAGGAAUGCUAAAAAUCCACUCUGGAGGUUCCAACUCACAGCAGACAGUCUUGACCAUCCCUGCUAACCAGCUCAAGCAGCUUGGUGUGGCCAGUGGCUCUGGUGGGCUGCAGACCCUACUCAUGCCUGUGGGCAAAGUGGUGUCUAAAGGCUCCUGUUGUCAUUCCUUACCCACCACCACCCCCCCUGGAGCAGCGGGAGUCUCCCCAAGUCCUUUCAGCCACGCCUCCCCCUCCCUUGCCCUGCCUCUGGCACAAGUGAAGACAGAGCCGUGUGCCGGCACAGCCGUCACAGCUGGUCCCUCGCCCCCAGCAAGCACCCCCCUCCACAUUACCUCUGCAGCCACCAUGGUCAAGCAGGAACAAGGCGCCGAUCAUUCUACGCAUGACCUCAUCAACACGGAGCACAUAGAGACCAUGAUGCAGCUGCUGACAGCUGUGGUGAAGAAGUUCCCCCUCAUUGUGCCGGAUAAGUCUGAGGACUCCCAUCCAUUCUGUGCCUCCUCAACAGAACAGUAUUAUUCCUGGAAUAUUGGAAAACGCAGGGCAUCCGAGCUUCAGCGAGCGGUGGCGGUCAAGCGGGCCAUCCAGAACAUGUUGGAUCACUCGCCUCGUCUCCAGGCUCUGACACCCCCAAAGACCAGAGAGGUGGUGCAGUGGUGUCGGCAGAGGGGCUACACCCCGCCUGACCCCGAACCACAACGCAGGAAUGACAACGAGUCCAUCGAGGACAUCCUCACCCAGAUUGACAGUGAGCCUGAGUGCCCCUCCACCCUCAGUAGCUGUGAAGAGCUGAUGCUGCGGCUGGAGCAGAUGCAAGCUCUGCUCAAGACAGAACCGGAGGAUGCAGACGACGAAAUAGUGGAUAUUGUCACUGUGAUGCCACCGUGCCAGAAACUAAAAGUUAAGGAGGAGGAGCAAGAGGCCGAUACGGAGCCCAAGUUCUUCCUUGAACCUUGUGUGUCGGCCCAGUUUGUCAGUGAAGCAACGCAGCAGAUUGGGAUAACCUUCCAGCCAGUGGAGGUGGAGAAGAACGUUUUUGCUCCGGUGAUUGAAGCCAUGAUUCUGAAGGCAACAGAGCAGUUGGCCAGUGACAUCCUGAGAGAAGCUCUCGCCGGAGCCUUCGCCAAAUCCCCUCAGAACAGGGCUCCAAGGGAGAUCACAGCCAUGAACAUCCACCAAGCCAUAUGUAGCAUCCCCACCUGUGACUUCCUCACCAACUCACACAUGGGCUGCCUGGCCAAGGACAACUGAUGAAACUGAAGAAAUUCCACAUUCCCACCAGAAGGUCAUGAACUUGCUCACUGAAGGACUGCUGAUCCUAGUACUGUUUGGACUGUGGCACUCUUGCUUACCUCAUCACCUUAUUACCGGUAAUUUUUUUUUUUUUUUACAUUGAAGUGUUUCCUGUCACACAGCCUGCUAGUUCAUUACCAUAAACUGACAACACACUAUUCUUAUUAUUCAUCGUUCCGCCCCCUUGGCUACUACUGGGAUGCCGUUGUGAUGGUAACCACGGCUCUGCCAUCAUCAUCAGCAUCCUGUGUGAUACCCUGUGGGGGUAAUUAUCACCAUGCAAUCGUUGCAGGUUUUUAUUCAUGUGCUGCGUUCCAAACUGUUUUAUUAUUCUGAUGGCAUAAAACCAGUCAGCUAAAGGUUAAUAAUAUAAUAACAGAUAUUUUUAUGACUGUUUGCAUUCUUGUCACCAGUCUCAGUAUUUAUAUUAGUCAUGUUGUCAUGUACACACUGUAUAUGAGCAAUGCGAAAUAGAUGCCGUUAUAUUUUUUAUCCAGGAUCAUAAUGUAUGUUGACAGCAGUGUGUGUGUGUGUCUGUGUAGUGGACCGAUACUGUAUUGUAAGUAUGUUUUUACUGCACAAGUGUUGGUCUGAAGUGAAUGUUGAAGCCAAAUUAGUGUAUAGACAAUACCCCCGAUGAUGUAUUUUCAUGUUUCAGUGAAAAAACCCCAAAAUAAUCGAUAUUCUUGUAAUAAACAACACUAAAAAGUAUCAAUCAAGUCCUGUUAAAUUCUGUCAUGCUUAAAUGCACCUUGUUUUGGUGCCAAUGCGUCUAGUUUGGGAAGCUGCCAGGAAUUCUGGGCGCCAUUGGAGGGGAAAAAAAAUAAAGUUUAGGCCGCUGUACCGUCUGUCAAGGGCCCUUUGGAAUUGUCCAAACCACAACAACUCUCGCCCAACCACAACACACACACACACACACACACAUUUGUCGCCCCUGCGUUAAAUGACAAAAAUAUAUUGUGUGAAUGUGGUGUCCCAAAAUUGAGGAUAUGGUUGUGCUAAUAUUAGCAUGUAGGAAUGGAAUUUUAAUUAAUGCAGAAUUGCUGCUAGCUAGACUGCUAUAAAUUCAUAAUUUCACAACAGUAAGCUUCUGAGACUUGUUUUGUCUUUUAAAAAUGGGUCAUACAGAACAGUCUCCACCAAAAGUGGCAGUAAAAUAAAAAUGCACUUUUAAGCGGUGUUUUAUUUACCUUCAUACAGUGUUCAUAUUUUUAGUAUGUAAAAAGAAACAGGAAAACCACUAAGACCUAAAACCUUUAUUCAUUAUUCCAUUUAAUAUUUUCCUCUAACUAUAUACACAAAAUAACACUUUCAAAAUAACCAAAUACAAUUGUAUUAAAUUCAAUAACUUAAUUUUAUUGCUAAAACCCAAGCAAGUUCCAUUUCAAGCAACAUUAUGAGAUAAUUGAAUUAAGAGGAAAUAAAUGAAAAGACAGUUUCUUGUGUUGUGCAGCAUAAUUAGCUAUUCAAUGACAUGCAUAUUCAAUU